AUGGCUAUCAUUACUCGACUAGUUUCUACAGCAGUAGUCCUUCUCGCGGCACUCACUGCUUCUGUUUUGUCGCACCCAGAGCCGCGAGCACCAUCCGGCGCCUCUUCCAAAUACUUCAGAGAGCCAGGGGGCUCUCUGGCGCGAAUGCAUUACGACCUCCGUUACUUUAAGGAAGAAGUCGCCUACAAUGAACGGUCAACAAUACUGCGCAGCCUCAUCCGCAGCUAUCUCGAAACUAUGCAGGCCAAAGGUGUCGAGACGUGGCUUGCACAUGGUACGUUGCUCGGCUGGUGGUGGAAUGCGCAAGUCAUGCCCUGGGAUUACGAUCUCGAUGUGCAAGUCUCCAUCGAGACAAUGGAAUGGCUAGCAGCGAAUCUCAACGGCACCGAGUACACACAUGCGCCAAACCAAGAAAUGGAAAUGCCGCCCAUCGACGCCUCGCACAAUCGCACUUACCUACUCGACAUCAACCCGCACUACAUAGACUUGACCUCUGGUGGUGGCCACAAUAUAAUCGACGGUCGCUGGAUCGAUAUGGACAGUGGAAUGUUUGUGGACAUCACUGUUCUUCGAGAGCACCCUUUUCAACAGGGACCUGGCGUGUGGUCGUGCAAGAACGGCCACCAAUAUACAGCGCAGGAUCUAUGGCCCUUGCGCGUGACGGAAUUUGUAGGAACGCAUGCGCGGAUCCCGCAUAAUGUUGAGCAAAUCCUGAGUAAAGAAUACUCGCUGAGCUCACUCGAAAAGGAAACACACGAGUAUCAUCACUGGAACCACGAUUUGAAACAAUGGGUAAUGGAUGACCCUGAGCAGCGCGGUCGCGCAAAGUAUGCGGGCGCAUUGCACAAAAAGCAACAGCUUGAGAACCAAGGACGCCUCUGA